GAAAAAAAAAAAAUGGGAAAUACACAAGGAGAAAAUCCAUGCAAUUUUACGCCUUAAGAAAUGAAAAAGCUUUAUAAAAGUUUCAAAAGAAUGGACAAAGAUAAAUCUGGAGAUUUAGAUAUUGAAGAAUUUUUGAGUCUCCCAGAAUUAAACUAAAAUCCUUUAGUAAGAAGGGUUGUUAUGAUUUUUGAUAAAAAUAAAGAUGGAAGUAUAAGUUUUGAGGAAUUUAUUACUGGACUAAGUUCAUUAUAUUCAAAUGAUGAGGAGGCAAAACUUAAAUUUGCUUUUAAAGUUUAUGAUAUUGAUGGAGAUGGUUACAUAUCAAACGGUGAAUUAUUUUAAGUUUUAAAAAUGAUGGUUGGAAAUAAUUUAAACGAUGUUUAACUUUAACAGUUAGUUGAUAGAACUAUUAUUAAAGCUGAUGAAGAUUUUGAUGGAAGGAUUUCAUUUAAUGAAUUUAAAAAAAUGGUUAAAGAUCUUGAUGUAGCUAAUAAAUUAACUUUAUCUUCUAUUUGA